AUAAUUUGAGCAUGCCUAGAAAACAGCAAUUCAGCAGUAAACAAAAGAAACAGCAGCUGCAGGAUAAGAGGAAACGUAAACAGAAUGAACCUGCCAAGUUUGGUCUCGAUAGUGAUGACGAUAAUUCAGAGAAGAAGAAAGAGGAGACGGAGUUAAGUAAUUCUACUGAGGAAGAGAGAAGACUAAAUACUCAGCCUGUAGGUACCGCACAUGAGCGACUUAACAAGUACUGCCUGGUGUUCGGUAAGGAGUCUAAAGAGGAGGUGGAUCAGAAUAUAAAGCUCAGCAAGAAACCAUUACCUGCUUUAGAUGAAUCUCUCCUGGUUACCAAGGUCGAGGAUUACGCGAUGGAGAUUCUGGAUUUGGGCAUGCCUAAACGUGGAAAAUGGAGUUACACGAUGUCAAAACAGAAGUUAGAGCUGGCCGAACAAAAGGAAUUCAGGGAGUGGUGCAGUGAACUGGACGAGUACUAUCAGAACUUAGGUAGAGCAAGUUACUACGAGCGGAAUCUGGAGACCUGGAGACAGUUGUGGAGAACCCUGGAGAUGAGUGACAUUAUACUCUUCGUAUGUGACAUCAGAUAUCCUACUCUUCACUUCUCUCACUCCGUUUAUAAAUACAUCACCGAGGAGCUAGACAGACAAGUAAUUCUAGUGCUGAACAAAGUGGACAUGGUCCAUCCCUCCGUCUCUGUCUCCUGGAAAAACUAUUUCGAGCAUAAGUUCCCAGAGAUCAGAGUCGUUCUCUUUUCUGCUUUUCCUGACGAACAGAAACUCGUUGAAAACACCGGUAAACGACUGCUUAAGAAACCAACGAUAAAAAAACUUGGGUGGGCGUACGGAGCAGAGAGUUUGAUACAGUUAGCUAAAUGCCACUACGACAAGAAGAAGGAGAUAAAAGGAGAAACACCGACCACAGAAAAGCCGAGUAUUGCUGAAGGUGGGGAACCAAGUGACGAGGAUUAUGUGACGAUAGGACUGAUCGGUCAGCCGAACGCGGGUAAAUCGUCCCUGAUAAACGGCAUAUUGCAAGAUAAGAAAGUCAGCGUUUCUAAGACGCCAGGACAUACCAAACAUUUCCAAACGAUUUUCUACUCGCCAGGAAUCAGGUUAUGUGAUUGUCCAGGGUUGGUGUUUCCUACAAUUGCUCCCAAACAGAUCCAGAUAUUGUCAGGAAUGUACCCUGUUGCUCAGGUGAAAGAGCCGUACUCAGUGGUCCGGUACGUAGCAGAGCGGAUAGAUCUGGUAUCCUACCUCCGUAUAGUACACCCCUGUUUAGAAGAGGAGCCUCAAGCUCCUUGGACAGCUUGGUACAUCUGCUUUGCGUGGGCGGAUAAGAACGGCUAUCACACCGCUAGAACAGGAAGACCUGAUGUGUACCGAGGAGCUAACUCAAUACUUCGACUCCUGGUAACAGGGCGACUCUGUCUGAGACUGCUUCCUCCUGAAUACUCUCCUGAAGGGGUGGGAGGAAGUUACAAAGACAUCCUUAAGGAGCUGAUAAGUUUUGCUACAAAAAUAGAGAUUGAAGAAUCAGAAGAAGAAGAAUACUCUGACGAGAGUAGCGAGGAGGGAGAGGAAAUGGAGAAGGAUCAGAAAAUGGGAAACAAGUUCAGUUUACUGCAAGAAAUUGACUGAGAAUUAGAACGGAUUUUAUUUAUUUUAGUCAUGUGAUCAAGGUUUUAUGAGCUAUCAUUUUAGCGGUUCUUAGUGACAAAGCUUUGUGUUAAGUUGUUGAAACCAGAAAUUACCGUGAUCUUUUAAGAGUAAAUUCGACUAUUUUUAUAGUUUUUAAUGUUUAUUGAUUA